AUGAAUACCAAUAGAUCAAUGAAAGUUAAAGCAAAAGCAAUAUUUCGACCUCAACAUAAAGGGUUCGUUAACACUAUCUACGCCAAUCUAUAUAACGAGACCAAAGAGUUUCUUGAAGAUCAAAACGGUGCGAUAACACUUUUGAGAUCGUACCGUGGUCCACACGUUUCUCCAAUCAAAUUGAAACCACAUUGCUUCUCUCCACUUUACAUCUCUCAUCUCCUUCAACAAUCCAUCUCCCAUACUCGGUUUUGUCAAGAUUUGGGUGAAAAGAUUGCUCAUAAUUGUGCUUAUCUCAGCGGAUUGCCUUUAAUUUUUGAAAUGUUCGUCGUCGUAGAGUUGACCCAAGAAGUUCUAAUUACGUUGCCCUCUGCCUCUGUUGCUGUCCCGUCAAAAGCUGCUUCGAGUGAUGUGUUACAAAGACUGGUGGAAGAACAGAAGGUAGAGUCAAUUGAUUUGGAAGAAGAGAAGAAGACAUGUUCGAUUUGUAUGGAGAACUUGAAUUCGGAAUCAUCAUCGGAAAACAUCAUUAGUUGUUUACAUUUGUUUCAUCAAAGUUGCAUCUUUGAGUCGGAGAGUUCCGUUCGAGGAAAUAUCAUGAAACCGUGUGAAGCCUUGAAGAUUAGGUUACGUUACGGUUUUUAG